AUGCGGUCAGUACCACAUCAGAUGCAGAAGUUUUUCCGCAGUCUUCGCGAUCUUCGAAAGCAGGCUCUGAAACUGUGCAGUGUAGUUCCUGACCAUGUCACGUACUAUUAUGGGAAUCCAUUUGUUGAGAAAACGGAGGGAAUACUUCAUUUCUUCAAAUAUAACGAUGACGGCCUAGGAAAGGAUGUGCAGUGUCGGAUGUUAUGCAUGAUAGCUAUACCUGCGCAAAUUACACUACGGGAGAUUUUACUAUUUAUUGGUACGCUUGCGAUGCGUGCUACAGGAGGCGCUAUACAGACUAUUGAACGGAUCAAGGUUAUAAGGGAUUCUACUCCAAAUGAGUAUAUGAUCAUUCUCAAGUUCAAAACUCAUCUGUAUGACGCUAUCCUGUUGCAGAAUGAUGCAGUAGUGUUUUUCGAAGAAUACAAUGGAAUGCAGUUCAACAGUUUGGAAACAAAUCAAUGUAAACUGUUAUUUGUUGAUAGGAUAGAAUGUGCAUCAGAAGAUGAGGUGGCUGCAUUGUGCGCUAGCUCGUCGGCAUCUACCGAAGCGGGAUCUUCUAACCAUUUGACUGAGCUUCCGACAUGUGCAGUGUGUUUGGAGCGCAUGGAUGAUAGCGUUGUAUCUAUCCUAUGCAACCACACAUUCCAUGCUGGAUGUUUAGAACAAUGGACCGAUACC